AUCAUAUAAGCUACGUAUUGAGCCUCACAGGAAGGCCGAUCCAACGGCUUCAUAUCGGCCUGCUGCAGUUCAAGAGCUAGACCUCCUUUGGUUUUGGUAUGUGAAAUACUUUCAUCUCGUUUUAGACCUACGUACCCCGCGCUUCCUGCAUUGAACUCGACCUACUUGUUACCAAGCUACCAACACGGCCGAACAACGCAAAUCAUACUCAAUCCCUCACACUCGUUGACGAGAAGAAAUAUUGAACCGAUAACACCAAUAACACAAGAUGGCGGGGUUGCCAAAGAGAAUCAUAAAGGAGACUGAGCGUCUCAUGGCCGAGCCAGUACCAGGUAUCAACGCAGUUCCCCAUGAGGAUAACCUUCGGUAUUUUGAUGUCACGAUUCACGGCCCAGCUCAAUCGCCUUACGAAGGUGGUAUCUUCAGACUCGAACUCUUCCUUCCCGAUGACUACCCUAUGACACCUCCCAAGAUCCGUUUUCUUACAAAGAUUUACCAUCCAAAUAUUGAUCGUCUGGGACGUAUUUGCUUGGAUGUUUUGAAGAAUAACUGGUCUCCUGCCUUGCAAAUCCGCACGAUCCUCCUCUCUAUUCAAGCUUUACUCGGAGCUCCCAACCCGGACGAUCCGCUCGCAAAUGAUGUUGCACAACGAUGGAAGGAGGAUGAACCGGCAGCUAUUCAGACCGCCAAGGAGUGGACACGAACCCAUGCGAUGGCUUAGAUUGGUGAUGGGCUUUGGCACUACAUGUUUGGGUGUGCUUGUCUUUGGAGCAGGAGAAACAGGGGAGAGAUAUUACGAAUCAAUGAAUAGCGCUAUUGACGCCACACGCAGCAAUGAUGAGGGAAGCUUUGAGUUACUUUCGCCUUGGAUUCAAGCUGCUCUUGGAACUGAUCGAUCAAUCAUCAUAAAUCUUCACAUUAUUCUAUAGUCAUGUUAUAUGUCCGUUAUGAAUAGAAAUGCGUCUCAUAUUACGCUUCC